UAACCCAUUUGAACAAACUAUAACUAAGAUAAUGUUGAUUUGUCAGGACCUUCUCAGCCAGUCGUUUAUUAUGUGGAGUUGGUGGUCAGUUCAGGCGACAAGCAAGAUGAAAGCUUUCUUAAUGGUGCUGGUGUUUAGCAUGGCGUCGCAUGCUGUUGCCGUCCCCAUUCUCCAGGUAGCAGAAGCAUUUGCAGACGACCGCCCUGAGUAUGAGAUUUCCCCAGAGGAGGCUGGUGGGAAAUUUGAGGGCGAUAUGGAUAUAGAAGCUGACAUUUUUACGGAUCCGAUUAACAAAAUUCAACAUCGUAAUGCACUUUCAUCCACCAGCACGAGAUGGCCCAACGGUCAAGUGCCCUUCGUCAUCAGCAGCUGGUACACCUCCUGGCAAAAGUCCCUCAUCACCAGUGCUAUGAGAGAAAUAGAAGAGAAGACACAAGUUGGUUCGAUCAAAUGCAUUCGUUUUGUCAACCGAUCUUCAGAGUUAGAAUAUAUUUCAAUAAUACCUGACAGUGGCUGCUACUCUGAAGUUGGAAGAAAUAGCAGAGGUGGUUCUCAGGCUCUGUCCCUGGCUAGUGGAUGUUUGUACAAGGGUAUCAUCAUGCACGAGCUGCUACACGCACUUGGCUUCUACCACGAGCAGAGACGCGCUGACAGAGAGAACUACGUCACCAUUCAUUGGGAUAACAUUGAGUUUGGUAGGUGGUCCAUAGCGGUAGCAAUUCAGAUACGGCAUAUUGUGAACGGUUGUUAA